AUCAUAUAUUAUAUCUCUAUGAUUUCUAUAUUAACUAGUAUUUGUAUUUAAUUGUUUUUUAAAAGUAUUGACGAAUGCUGUAAAAUUCAUAACCUGGUUGUACCAUCUUUGUAAGGAUUGAAAUUUUUUUGUAUACAAAGUUUUUGAUGAACAACAAAAAGUGUAUGCAAUUGCUUACAAACACGAGUGUGCUGGAAAUAUGCUUAAGAACUGCGUCAGAUUAGAAUAUCAACCUCUAUAAUGCACAGAUUCUUUUUAUAUUUUUCAUUAUUAAAAUAAUGUGCAUGAAGUAUUUAUGGAAAGAAGAAAAUAUUCAGUUUCAUAACCUGUGAUGCAGUAUCAAUAGACGAAUAGCCAGUGGCUCCAUUUGCCCAAAGACGUCUUGGAUAACUAAACAUUUUUUUCGGCAGAUUUAAAAAAUAGUAUAUCCUACAAAAUAGAUAUGUAUAUCUUUGUUAGGUCAAUUAAACUCAAAAUGGCUCAAGUCUUAUGUGCUGCGCAGUGAAAAGUUAAGAUCAUCUGAAAAAUAAGUUGAUUUACCUCGAUAUGAGUACUUACAGAGAACAGUACCGCAGCUUGAAGCGAAAAAUUAAAUUUUUACUCUACGAAAAUGAGUGUUUUCAAGAAGCAUUGCGGUCCACUCAACGUCAUUUAUUGAAAGCAAAACGAGAUAAAAGUUUCUUACUUGAUAGACUGUUGCGUUACGAAAAAAUAGAUUCGACUCUUAGCGACAAAGAUGAUGAAACAAAUUCUUCAGAUGACGAAAUUUAUCAUGCGGACUUAAAACGGAAAAAAGUUGAUUUCUGUGUAACUAAUCAAUCACAGUUAUAUUUGUCUACCUUAGUGAAGUGCAAUUAUGCAUACCGAAAAAAAAAACCUACGAUGAAAACCAUGAAGACAAACAAUAUCAAAAUGGAUAAAAAAAACUCCUUACAUUGCUCUAUUUUAUCUGAUGGACACAUGACUCCGGAAGAAGUUGAAAGACAUUUGGAAUCACGUCAAAACUAUCUAGAAUUGCUUCCAGAAAAAGCACCAGCUACAGUUCCAACAGAAAUGUUUAGUAAUGAUGCAUCACCAGACAAAUUGGAAUGAAAA